GUGGGAAACUAACAGACGCACCAAGAUACCGAUAUUCGUAUAUCUCUGGGUGUGUGUCUCAUCCUGAUCCCUCUCUCUCAUAGUCUCACUGACGGCUGACAACAUGGCUCGUUUCUGUGGCCUCAUUAUUGUGUGUUCCAGGCAGCCAGUGCCUCUCCGUGGUAUCUCAGUGGAGGUGCAGGUGAAAGGCUUCGUGGCUGAUGUAUGUGCCACACUCAAGUACAAGAACACAGAAGAGAAGCCCAUAGAAGCCGUCUUUGUGUUCCCUCUGGAUCAGGACUCUGCCGUCUACAGCUUUGAGGCCACCGUAGAAGGGAAGAAGAUAGUGGCAGAUCUACAGGAAAGGGAGCAGGCUAACAAAACCUACGAUGAGGCCAUCAGUAAGGGCCAACAGGCCUUCUUAUUGCAGGAGGACAAGAGCUCUGGAGACAUCUUUAGCUGCAGUGUGGGGAACCUUCCCCCUGGUCAGGAGGCUGAGGUGAAACUGAGCUUCGUGCAGGAGCUGCCAUUGGAGUCAGACGGUGCUGUGCGAUUUGUGCUUCCAGCUGUCCUGAACCCCAGAUACACCCCAAAAGAUCACGAGGAGAGUAUUACUGCUCAAGUACCCCGUGUCCCCAUUGGCCAGAUCCCCUACACCUUGGAUCUAACUGCUCACUUCUACUCUGCAUACGGCAUCUCCAAGAUCCAGUCUAACUGUGACAUCUCCCCAAUUGAAUAUACUGAUUCAGACAAGACUGCAGCCAAGGUGUCACUGGGACAAGGGCACAAGUUUGAGCGAGACGUCGAGCUUCUGGCUUAUUACACGGAUGUGAACAAACCCAGUGUCACCGCAGAGGCGGGACUUCCUGACGCCAAAACUGACACCUUGAUGGCAGAUCCCGCCGUCAUGCUAAAUUUUUACCCAAGUUUUCCAGCGACCCAAGAGCAAUCGAACUGCGGAGAAUUCCUUUUCCUUAUGGAUAGAUCUGGGAGCAUGGAGUGUGGAAUGAAUUCAGAGCCAAAUGCCCCACAGCGCAUUGAGAGUGCCAAGGAGACUCUGGUUCUGUUACUGAAGAGUUUGCCGCUCGGCUGCUACUUCAAUAUCAUCGGUUUUGGGUCUCGCUUUGAGUUUUUCUUCCCAGAAACGAUCGAGUACACCCAGGAGACAAUGGAUGAAGCUGUGAAGAAGGUGAACCAGAUAGAGGCCAACAUGGGGGGGACAGAAAUCCUACAGCCCUUAAUGAAGAUCUACAAAACAGCUGUGAGACCAGAUCACCCCCGACAGCUCUUUGUUUUUACGGAUGGAGAAGUUGGAAACACAAAACAAGUGAUAGAAGAAGUUCAGAGAAAUGCCCAUAAUCAUCGGUGCUUUGCCUUUGGAAUCGGGGAAGGCGCCUCCACUUCUCUCAUUAAAGGGAUUUCCCGAGCGGCCGGAGGCACCUGUGAGUUUAUCACUGGGAAGGAAAGAAUGCAGCCCAAGGUUCUUAAGGCCCUGAAGAAUUCCCUGCAGCCCACAGUGAAGCAGAUCUCACUGAAAUGGACUCUUCCUUCUGGUGUGGAGUCUGUUCUGCUCUCAAAACCCCCCAGUAACAUCUUCCAGGGCCACAGAGCAAUUGUCUACGCUCAACUGAAGGGAAAGAUCAGUGAGGGAGAAGAAGGAGAAGUUUCCCUCGAGUACAAAUUUAAAGAUGAGAUGCUCAGAAACUCCCUGAAGUUCCCUCUUAAGGUUGAAAAAGCUGAACGACCCACCAUCCACAGACUCGGGGCCAAGGCUCUAAUCUCUGAGCUGGAGAGUGGGACAAACUCAGAGUCGGAGGAAGUGAAGAAGAGAAUUAUAGAGAGCAGCAUCCAGUCUGGAGUCAUCUCCUCUCUCACUGCCUUUGUAGCCGUCAAUAAGGAAACCAAAACCCCCGUGCAAGGGCCCCCUGUUCGCAGAGACAUCCCAACCCCUGGAUUAAUGUAUGGGGCGCCUAUGGCUUGCAUGAGGAGUAUGCCAGCUAGUGGCUUCAUGUUUGGGAGUGGCCCUAAAUUCAGUGUUCAAGCAAACGAGGCUCCGGCCCUUUUCAGACUCAUUUCUUUGCAGAAAGCCGAUGGUUCCUGGACUCUCAACUCAGAAUUGGCUUCUAUCCUGGGGCUGUCACUGAAGGAGAUGCGAAACAAUGACCCCAAACAGAGCCCCGACCCUGCUGUGUGGCCGACGCUAUUGGCUGUGAUCUGGCUCCAUGCCCACUGUUUGGAUCAGAGAGAUGAGUGGGAGUUGCUGGAACACAAGGCCGUGUCCUGGAUAAAGUCCGGAGCAGGCUCCUCCUCCCUGAGAGAUUCCAUCAAGGCCGGGAAUGAUCUGCUGAAAUCUGCGGUGGAUCCUGAGGAGUUUGGCUUGUGAGGAGAGACAAGAGGAGGAAGAUUUUCCCCUAAUUACUGGGAAGACGACUCCAGUUGUUACUGCUGCUUCAGUUUGGCUUUAAUCAUAUAACAAAGAUGAUUUAUAUUGGGACUGUCCCUGCUUCGUGCCAGUUCAACUCCACACUGCCCUACCCCUCCCCCAGGAUUGUACCACUGCGAUGCAUCCAGAGAGGUGCAGUUGGAAUGUGCAGCACAUGUGAGGCUUGGGGUGAAAGUGGAAACAAAUAAAUGUGCAGAACUGCAAUAAGAUACAGGGGCUCAUUUAUAAAUGUGUUGGUGCAAGUUCUGGUCAUGACACAAUUUCCAAUGAAUCCACCCUGGAGUGUGUUAAUCUGGAGCUCCAGAGAGCCCUGCACUUAGCACCUGCCUUGCUGGACUACCAUUGUAUCUUGUGCCUAUUUGAGUCUCUUGCCCAUCGCCCUGGCCCCAAAGCCUCACAUUUACUGCACAUUUCAGCUUCUAGUUCUGCACACUGUGGCCCCACACACAAGCCUCUCGUCUCUCUGCGUUGCUUCAUGUGACUUGCUGUGUCUAGGGCUCCCAGGCUACUCCUUUAAAGGGGAACUUUGCCCACAAUCAAUACAGUACUAGCAACAUUGGUAUGGGAAUUGUGCAAAAAAAUCUGACGCACCAAAAACUCCCACCUGCGCGAAUUUUGAUGUAGAAAUUACUGGGAAAUCAUAUUAUGACGCGAUUCCUAUUCAAGUUAGUGGCAUGUGAUCGCCCAGUGAUUCCAGAACAAUUUUUGGCUAAUGACUGAGGGAAAUAAUAAUGAGGAAAAUAAUAAUGACAAAAUAUUAUGCCCUGUUUGCCAAAGAGCAGAGUGAUCCACAGUGUACAGUCCUGGUUCCCACCCUAAUCCCAUUCUCUUGCAUUACAGUUAUUUAGUUAUAUAGUUACACUUAUAUAGUUAUACAGUUAUAUAGUUAUAUAGUUAUACAGUUAUACAGUCACACUGAUAGUCUGAUACAGUUACAUUAUAUAGUUAUACAGUUAUAUAGUUAUACGGUUACACUGAUACAGUUACAGUUCUAUACUCAUCUCAAUAAGUCACUUCUGUUUCAAAUCUGCAUAAAACAAAUGAAAAGCCA